GCUGUUGGAUUCCAGUAUGGCCGAGCAGCCGCCACCCGCGAAGCCGGCGGACCAGGUGUGCACCUUCCUCUUCAAAAAGCCCAGGCGGAAAGGGGCAGCAGGCAGCCGAAAGCGCCGGGCGUGUGAGCCCGAACCCGGAGAAAGCAGCAGCAGCAGUGGUGACGAAGGCAGCACCGUGGUUCGACCCGAGAAGAAAAGAGCGACCCACAAUCCGAUGAUUCAGAAGACCCGAGGCAGCGGUAAACUGAACGCGGCCUGCGGCUAUCUGAGCAGCGAGGAAGAGGAGGAGGGCGAGAGUUUGGGCGUGGUGUACAAGUCCACCCGCUCGGCGAAACCAGUAGGGCCAGAGGAUAUGGGAGCGACCGCGGUCUACGAACUGGACACAGAGAAGGAGCGAGACGCACAGGCCAUCUUUGAGCGCAGCCAGAAGAUCCAAGAAGAGCUGAGGGGCAAGGAGGAUGACAAGAUCUAUAGGGGAAUCAAUAAUUACCAGAAAUACAUGAAGCCCAAGGAUACGUCCAUGGGCAACGCCUCCUCCGGGAUGGUAAGGAAGGGCCCUAUCCGAGCGCCCGAGCAUCUACGCGCCACCGUGCGGUGGGAUUACCAGCCCGACAUCUGCAAGGACUACAAGGAGACAGGUUUCUGCGGCUUCGGAGACAGCUGCAAAUUCCUCCACGACCGCUCAGAUUACAAGCACGGGUGGCAGAUUGAACGUGAGCUUGAUGAGGGUCGCUAUGGUGUCUGUGAGGACGAAAACUAUGAAGUGGGGAGCGAUGAGGAGGAAAUACCGUUCAAGUGCUUCAUCUGCCGUCAGACCUUUAAAAGCCCAGUUGUCACCAAGUGCAAGCAUUAUUUCUGCGAGAGCUGUGCGCUGCAGCAUUUCCGCACCACCUCCCGCUGCUAUGUCUGUGACCAGCAGACAAACGGGGUCUUCAAUCCUGCUAAAGACUUGAUUGCUAAGCUGGAGAAGCAUCGAGCUAUUUCAGAGAGUGGGGCUUCUGAUAUACCAGCAGACCCUGAUAGGGUCUAAUUCCCGUAACUUAGAGUUUCCUUUUUUUUUUUUUUUUUUUGUAAGGUUCU